AUGUUGAUAUCCAAGAUACUAAGCCAACAGGCGGUAAUUGUCGGAAUAGAUGCGAAUGCAAAGAUGAGAGUUGAACAACAAUCCGAUGUGCUUGGAAAAUGGUUCUAUCCCAUGAAGCAAACAUCGGACAACGAAAAUCGUCUGAUAGACCUUGGCGAGCAGCCGAAUCUCAUCGUUGUAUCCAUGUUUGAGGGGAAUCAUCGACGCAGUCAGCUGGCAAGGGAAAACCCCAUUAACGUCAGAAGAGCAGCGAAAGCAGAAGAUGCCAACUCUUAA